GACAAAAAUGACAAAGAUUGACAUUUUCUUCGUAAUGAUGGAAGAUUUGAAACAAGCUUUAGCUGAGCAUACAAAGUUGACAGCUCAACGAGAUGAAAUGAUGCAGAAGAAAAUUGAUUCUUUGAUGUUGCAAAUCAAAGAGGAAAUUAAUAAAAUGCAAGAACAAGAACUAUUGAACAAUGAACUGAAGGCAGAGAUUAAAUUACAAAAGAUGCUUAUUAAUGAAAAGGAGAAGAAAAUUCAAGAACAAGAAGUUCUGUUAAAUCAAAUCGAAAUAGAACAAAGUGAUUUGAUAUCCGAAAUCGAAUCACAGAAGAUGCAUAUGAAUGAAAAGGAUAAAAUGAUUACUGAUCAAUCGGACAUGAUUCAAGAACAAGCUGAGAUGAUAAGCAAUCAAGAAAAGUGUAUUAAGAACCAAGAAAUAAAAUGCAAUCGAUUGAGAAUGGAGAAUGAAGGCAUUAGAUUGAAGAACAAUAUAGCUAAACGAGAAAUCGAUGAAUUGACAGAGGAACUGAAAGCUUCGUUCAAAAGAAUGAGAAUGACGAGUAUCCGAAGCAUUGAAUCUCAGCAAAAGUAUCUUCAAAUAAAGGAACUGUAUCAAAAAUCUCAACAGAAUUGGGUUGAUGCCAUUGACGUUUAUUUCAAGCAAAUCGAGUCUAUGAAUGAAUACAUUGAGACACUACAUGCUGGAAGUGAAGACGCGACAAUGCUUCAAUUAAUAGAACAAGCAAUUGAAGAAGGAACGGAACAAGCGCAAUGUUUAUCGCCAAUUCCUGAGGAAGAUGAAGAUGCCUAUGAAGAGUCUGAUGAUCAGGAAACUGCUGAAAGCAACGAAGCUAUUGAAGACAAUGAAAAUAUCUUUGAUGUAAAUGGGCAAGAAAUUUUUAUUAACGAAACGGAAGUAACAGAAAAUGAAGAUGUUGUUAUACUUGAAACAGUUGAAAUGACAGAAGACGAUCAUAACGAAUAUAACGACGGUGCUAGUACUUCUAAUGAUGUAAUAAACUUCUCUAAAGAUGCAGAAGCUGAGAUUAGCUAUUCACUUUGUAAUUCUAAUGUAGAAUUGAUUUGUAAUGAGAAAUUUGAGGGAUUCAAAGACGAGGGAAUCGAAAUAAACACCGAAUCAAACUUGUCGAAUGCUGGUUCUAAUGCUGGUGAUAUAAUUCACGGAUCCAAACAAGAUUCUGGAUUGUACGUUGAAGAAUGUGAAAAACAAAUAGACAGCUAUAGUGUAAAAGUUAAAGCUAUUGAAACUGAUAACGUUCAAGGCAAAGCUGACGAACUCCAGACUAAUUUGAAUGACAACAAUCCAAAAGCUCCAAAGAAGAAAUCAAAGAAACGUGGUGGACAAAAAGCUAAUAACAAACGUUCGAAGCAAAAGUAUGUUCCAUUUAUAGAAGUUGCAAAUUACUAAUGUACUGAUGUUCUUCGUAAUGCUUUAAUAAUGAUAUUGAUUGCUAUAAAAUGAUGCAUAGCUUAGAUAAUUGUUGGACCUAUUCAGUUCAUUAAAUGACUGAUAAAUUGACUGUUAAUGCUUUUGAUGAAAUCCUUUGAUAAAUGAUUUGAAAAUUGUACAAAGGCUUGUGAUAAAUUUAAUGAAUUGACAAUAAAAAU